UUGCCGGAACUUGUGAAAAAGCUAAAACCGUCGUCACUGCUGGAAGAAUUACGUGCUGGCGACCUCAUAUCUGCUGAAGAUUGCAAUACUUUGCGACUUCCCUGUUGGACGGAGGAGGACCGCUCUCGAAAAUUGUUAUAUGAAAUCUUACCUUACAAGGGAGACGAUGUUGUCGAUCGCUUUCGACAAAUCCUCCUGAAAGUCCAAGGACAAACACAUAUUGCAAAAGAAGUUUUGCAGGUGAAAAUCAUGCCCAAGUCUUCUACUGAAGAAGCAGAGAAAACGCCACAACAGACAGGUACUAAUGAAUUUGAAGCAUCCACACCCGCUAGUACACUGUCAGAGGCGGGGUCUCAUUGGGACCAGCCAGAGCCGCUCUGGGACCAGCUGAAGCCUCGUCAUCCUGACCUCAUCAAGGAGCUGCGCCCUAGUCUGUUCUUGGAUGAACUUCGGGCAGACGGUUUAGUUACACGAGAAGAAUAUUUACAGCUACAGCAAGAGUCAAUGAGCGAAGCAGAUCGAUCAGACAUGCUUGUAAGUACAAUUCUUCCACAGAAGGGAAAAGGAUCAUUUGAAGCAUUUUGUAAAAUUUUGAAUAAUGAGGAGAAACAAAAGCAUGUUGUUACUAAAAUUUUGAAAGUUUCAAGUGAGGCCUUGCUGCCGGUCCAUAUCAGUGAGUCUCCAAUCACAACCAAACAGACUGUUGAAUCUGAAGAUCAUGGCAAGAUUAGCUCAUCCAGAAAACGAAGUCGUAUGGAAACAACACCAGACAUGGAAUCUCUUUCAACCAAGUCUAAAAGUCUGCGUGUUGAUGAGACGAUUCGAAGUGCAACGUUUCUAUUUAAAGGAAGACGAGGAGCGUAUCAAGCCUUGGGAGGAUGUUAUUGUAGCUAUGUGUCAACGAUGUUUUAAAAUGUUAGAAGAUGACGUCAUGUUUUAUUAUUGCCUUCCAUCAGUUGGUCAAAAGGUUACAUUUUAUGGUGACGUAGAUUACAAGCUUGCUGUAUUUCAGCUGGAUCAUGUCGCCCCAAGUGUAGUUUCGAAGUACAAGAGUCGGCUAAUUUCACACAUUGCUGGUUUUCUCGAAGUGAAAAAAGGUCUAGUUCAUUACCUAGAAGUACUUGAUGGUUCAGCUGUUGUUCUCUUUCGUAUUGAAAUGAUUGCCUACGUGAGACUUCUAUCUUCUCCAGCAGUGGAAGCACAAUGUAUUACAUUUUAUCAGACAUUGAAACAAACAUUUCCGAAGUUAGUUGCUGUCAAGUUCAAGUUAGGUGGUUUGCCUACUAUACAACUGACAAAUGUAGGAAUCAAGAUUCAAGGUGUUAUGUCUAAGGAAGGGAGCUCAAUUAGAAUAUGGAUGCUGAACAAGAGGAUGUUGUUGUCAUUGUCAACUAUUGCUUCACAAUCUAGAUGUAUUGAGAAACAGGUGGAUUGCUUGUUUCCAACUGUUGAUGCUUUAAGUGAUGAUCUUCGUCCAAAGAAGUUUGAGAAUCAGCUACAAGUUCUAACGUUUCGUAGAGAGCUCUUGGAAGAGACGAACAAACAGAACAUUGUAGUGAUGGAUGCUCUUGGAAACAACAGACCUGACAUUGCACGGCAGGAAAUAUCAGAACGUGACGGUUCGGUUACUGCUUGCUUUACUAGAAUGAAAGUGAGAGAGACGACUGUUGCAAGUGAUGUAUAUCACAAGCUUGAUGAGAUUAGAGGUGUUAGAAAGGACAUAGAGUUGAGAUUACCACAGAAACCACAAUUGCAAGAGUUAACUGCUUACAGUUACUCAUUACAAGAAAGAUUGGAAGCAAUAACAACUAGUCUAACUCUUCUCAAGGAGCAGAAGGAAUUACAAAUUGCUACCUAUUCUGAAAAGAAAAUCAAGGAAAAAAUAGGAAUGAAAGAAGAAGCAAAUUCUGCUGCAGAGCAAACAGCUAGUGACCUUGAAAAAUUGAAACAGAAAGAGGUUACUCAGGUCUCUGAUUUUAGUCAAAGAUACAAAACAGAGGACGACAUGAUGUUAAACUUAUUGAGGAGAAAUAAGGCAGCUGAGCUACAACAGUAUUUGUCUCGGCACCACCCAACAGCUGUACUCUUUUCACCAAUUCCAAGUUGGAAGCCCCCUCUGAAUCCUUUUCCGCAUUUUCUUAUUCUUUAUAUGCUUAAUCUAUAUGUCGAUGAGUAUUUUCCCAUUCAUUUCUCAUGUUGGGAGAAUCAGUUAGAGCUAAUCAAGGUCAUGGCUAAGGCAGAUCCUAAUGUUCUCAAGCAAACUUCUAGUAAAGAUCAUGUGUCACCAUUUCUAUUGGCAAGUGCUGCCGGGAACGUAAGUGUUUUGGAAUUUCUAUAUGAAAUGGAUGCACAAUCGUUGCACAUGAAAGAUUUGGCAAACCAAACAGCGCUACAUUAUGCUUGCACUGGAUAUAAUAUAUCAACUGUUGAAUGGCUGAUACAAAAGGGAAUGACACUUGAUGAUCAAAACAAGAAUGGCUGGACAGCAUUACAUUUUGCCUGUACGAGAGAUGAUUAUUUAACAAUCAAAUUGCUGAAAGAGAAAGGAUGUGACAUAAAUGUAAAAGACAAGGUAAAGCUUGAUGCUCUUUUCAGCUUUAUUAUUUUUAUUUAUUUGCAGGAUACUUGUUGCCUGUAUUAA